AGUAUACUCAGUUCCAGUAAAGGAUCACUUGCAGGAUUCAGGCUGAGUACUCUUGAUGCUUAGAAUUCAGGCUCAAAGAGAAGCCCUGAGAAGUUACAUAUUGGAUAUUACAGAAAGUGGGAGCCAUUCCUGACCUCUAGAGAAUGUGGACUGGAUAUAAGAUCUUCAUCUUCUCUUAUCUUAUUACAGAAAUUCGGAUGGAGAAACAGUCUUUAUCUCAAAGAGAAGUUGACCCAGGAGCCUAUUUCACUUGGAAUCACACCAUUUUGGAAAGUACUCGAUUCAAAAGAGCUGUUUUCCAAGGGCAGUACUGUAGAAGUUUUGGUUGUUGUGAAGACAGAGAUGAUGGCUGUGUCACUCAGUUCUAUGAGGCGAAUGCCCUGUGUUACUGUGAUACAUUCUGUGAAAGGGAAAACUCUGAUUGCUGUCCUGAUUACAAGUCCUUUUGCCGUGAAGAGAAAGAAUGGCCUCCUCACACAAAGCCUUGGUAUCCAGAAGGUUGCUUCAGAGAUGGUCAACAUUAUGAAGAAGGAUCAGCAAUUAAAGAAAACUGCAACUCCUGCACAUGCUCAGGACAGCAAUGGAAAUGUUCCCAGCAUGUGUGCCUUGUUGAACCAGAAUUAAUUGACCAUGUCAAUAAAGGAGACUAUGGAUGGACAGCUCAGAACUACAGUCAAUUCUGGGGAAUGACUUUAGAAGAAGGUUUCAAAUAUCGCCUUGGCACCUUGCCACCCAGCCCCAUGCUUCUAAGCAUGAAUGAAAUGACAGCUUCUUUACCUGCAAUAACUGAUCUUCCAGAGUUUUUUGUUGCUUCGUAUAAAUGGCCUGGAUGGACUCAUGGCCCGUUGGAUCAAAAAAAUUGUGCUGCAUCGUGGGCAUUUUCCACUGCAAGUGUGGCAGCUGACCGAAUAGCAAUUCAGUCUAAAGGUCGAUACACAGCCAAUCUAUCCCCUCAAAAUUUGAUUUCUUGCUGUGCCAAGAACCGUCAUGGAUGUAACAGUGGAAGCAUCGAUAGGGCUUGGUGGUUCCUGAGAAAACGUGGACUGGUAUCUCAUGCAUGCUACCCACUUUUCAAGGAUCAAAAUGCUACCAAUAAUGGCUGCGCCAUGGCAAGUAGGUCUGAUGGGCGGGGUAAGCGACAUGCCACAAAGCCAUGUCCCAACAACAUUGAGAAAUCUAAUAGAAUCUACCAAUGUUCUCCUCCAUACAGAGUCUCUUCCAAAGAAACUGAAAUAAUGAAAGAAAUCAUGCUCAAUGGACCAGUUCAAGCCAUAAUGCAGGUCCAUGAGGAUUUCUUCCAUUAUAAGUCAGGAAUAUAUAGACAUGUUACCAGCACAAAUGAAGAACUGGAAAAAUAUCGAAAGCUUCAGACACAUGCAGUCAAACUCACUGGAUGGGGCACACUGAGAGGAGCCCAGGGGCGAAAAGAAAAAUUUUGGAUCGCUGCCAAUUCCUGGGGAACGUCAUGGGGAGAGAAUGGCUAUUUCAGGAUUCUUCGAGGAGUAAAUGAGUCUGACAUUGAAAAGUUGAUUAUCGCAGCUUGGGGCCAACUGACAAGUUCAGAUGAACCAUAACAUAUUAUUAAAUAUCCAUAGGCCAUGCAUUUAAGUAACUCCUUAAAUUUAAAUUAAGCAAUGUGAGGUUCUCUGUGACAGUGGAAUCUUUGUCUCUUCACCUUAUUAUUAUAACGUGCCCGUUUUCUUGUUUUAUCCUGGGCUCUAGGCUUCUGCUUCCUUUUCAUUGCUGACGAUACAAAAACAC